AUGGCGAGCCACGUGAACGGCCAGACGAAUGGCGAGAAGCAGAAGACGUAUAGCAUAGGCGAUCUGCCAAAGACAAACACCUUCACGCAGAAGCUGCCGCCAGACCAGGAAUACCCAACACCUACCGCAUCGCACAAGACAGAACGAAGCAACCUCGGUCCACGACUUGUGAAGAAUGCCGCAUAUACCUAUGUCCGACCCGACCCGAUAAAGAACCCAGAGUUGCUGGGAGUGUCAAAGGCUGCUUUGAGAGAUCUUGCGAUCGAUCCGUCGAGCGCCGACACGGAAGAGUUCAAAGAAACGAUCGCGGGCAACCGCAUCAUCACACUUGACGGGAAGGAGGAGCCAAGCGAUGAGGACAUAUACCCAUGGGCGCAGUGCUAUGGUGGUUUCCAAUUCGGUCAGUGGGCCGGGCAGCUUGGGGACGGUCGGGCGAUAUCGUUGUUUGAGUCGAAGAAUCCGGCGACUGGCAAGCGCUACGAAUUGCAGUUGAAGGGCGCCGGCAGGACACCAUAUUCUCGGUUUGCGGAUGGUAAAGCUGUGCUGAGAAGUAGCAUUCGCGAGUUUGUGGUGAGCGAGUCACUGCAUGCGCUGGGUAUACCCACGACGAGAGCACUGAGCUUGACUCUGGCACCAGAGGCGAAAGUGCGCCGCGAGAUGACGGAGCCGGGAGCAGUCGUAUGUCGGUUUGCGGAGACGUGGCUGCGGCUGGGCACCUUUGAUCUUGCGAGGUCCAGAGGAGAUCGGGUGCUCAUCCGCCAGCUUGCAGACUACAUCGCAGAAGACGUCUUCCCAGGCUGGGAGUCUUUACCAGCGAAGAUUGCUUCAACCGAGGAGAAGGAUGCAUUGCAGCCGGCACGUAAAGUUCCAAAGGAGGAGCUCCAGGGCCCAGAAGACAGACCAGAACAACUAGAGAACCGAUACGCCAGGCUAUACCGCGAGAUCGUGCGACGUAACGCUGCCAUGGUCGCACAUUGGCAAGCCUACGCCUUCACGAAUGGCGUUCUGAACACCGACAAUACCAGUGUCUUCGGCCUGAGUAUUGAUUUUGGACCCUUUGCCUUCUUGGACAACUUCGACCCUAGCUACACACCAAACCACGACGACCACAUGCUUCGUUACAGCUACAAGAACCAGCCAACCAUCAUCUGGUGGAAUCUUGUGCGUCUUGGCGAGAGCCUUGGGGAACUGAUUGGUGCUGGCUCUCGCGUUGACGACGAGGAGUUCAAGACCGGUGGCGUCAAAGAAGAGUGGAUGGAAGAUGUGGUGAAGAGAGCCGAGACCACCAUCCAGACUGUUGGAGAAGAGUACAAGACAGUCUUCCUAGCAGAGUACAAGCGACUGAUGACCGCUCGUCUUGGCUUGAAGCAGUUUAAGGAGUCAGAUUUUGAGGAGUUGUACUCUGAACUGCUGGAUACUCUGGAAGCACUCGAGCUCGACUUCAACCACUUCUUCCGCCGGCUAUCCUACAUUUCAUUCGAGGAAAUCGACACCGAAGAGAAGCGCAAAGACGUCGCCGGCCGCUUCUUCCACUCCGAAGGCCUAUCCAGUCUCGUCAUCGGAGGCGAAGGUGAAGCCCGCGAGCGCAUGGGCAAGUGGCUCAACAAGUGGGCUGAGCGUGUGAAAGAAGACUGGCCGAACUCUCCAGAGGCGAAAGAAGAGCGUUUCAAGGCUAUGCGCGCUGUGAAUCCGAAGUUCAUUCCUCGCUCGUGGAUCUUGGACGAGUUGAUUGAUCGGGUGGAGAAGAAGGGCGAGCGGGAGAUUAUUGGUAAUGUCAUGGAGAUGGCUCUGAAUCCGUUCAACGAAGAAUGGGGGUGGAACAAGGAGGAGGAAGAAAGGUUUUGCGGCGAUGUGCCUAAGUAUCAGCGGGCUAUGCAGUGUUCGUGCAGUUCGUGA